AUGCGCCUCGGCCAGCGCCGACAGCUGCACGCCGACGACGUGUGGCCGCUGCGCUGGGAGCUGCAGGCCGACCCGGCGUCCCAGCGGUUCUCGGGCGCCUACGAGGCCUCGCAGUCCAUGUACCGAGCCGCGUUCGUCUGCUUUGGACGUCGCAUCGCCCUCACGGGGCUCGCGUUCCUCGUCUCCAUGCUCUGCAACCUUCUAGGCCCUGUCGUGCUGCGUGAGGUGGUGUCCAGCCUCUCCGCUCUGUCAGACCACGACCCACAGGACGAGACGCCCAUCCUGCAGACCAUUAGCGUCUGGGUCGGCACGCUCUUCGCUGCCAAGGUGCUGCAAGCCCUGGCUGACAAUUACGCCAGGUUUUACUCCGAGGUCAUCGCUAUUAAGCUCGUGGCGUCGGUCAAGACGCUCAUGUUCCGGAAGACGCUGAAGCUGAGCGCCGAGGCCAGGAGGGGCAAGUCCACGGGCGCCAUCACCAACAUGUACACGGCGGACAGCGACGCCAUCCUGGACACGGCCUUCCUGAUCCACCAGCUGUGGCUCAUCCCGCUGCAGAUUGCCAUAGUCAGCUACAUGCUGUACGACGUGCUCGGCGUCGCGGCGUUUGCUGGCGUGGGCGUGAUCGUGGCCAUGUUGGGGGUAAACCACCUCAUCUCGCGCUGCAUGUUCGCGUGCCAGCGCGUGUACCGACGCAGCAAGGACGUGAGGAUGAAGAAGGUGACGGAGGUGUUCAAGGCCGUCGAGAUCGUCAAGUUCAGCGCGUGGGAGGACCAGCUCAUGGCGCAAAUCAAGGAGACCCGCGCGCAGGAGAUGAAGCAUCUGUUCAAGCGGCGGCUACUGGCGUGCCUGAGUGUGGUUAUGCUUUGGGGGAUGCCGGUCUUCAUCAGCGUUGCGUCUUUCGGCGUGUACACGGGUGUACUGCAUCGCACGCUGACGCCGGCUAUUGUUUUCACGAGUAUCGCGCUGUUUCAGCUGAUCCAGGGCCCACUGCGCAUGAUCACGAAUAUUUUACCAAUGCUCGUGCAGUCGAAAGUUGCGUUGGAAAGGAUCUCCGCGUUCCUCAAGAUGCCUGAACUGGAUUCCGACAAUGUCUUGCCUCCUGACCAUCCAGAAGGGGAGAAAUACGUCGCCAAGAAGGUGAUUGUUGCUGUUGAAGACGGUGACUUCGGCUGGGACCAUGAGACGACGCUGCUGAGGAACAUAAAUCUCCAAGUGAAGUCUGGGGAUUUCGUGGUUCUGCACGGAUCCGUUGGCUGUGGCAAGUCUUCGCUGUGUUCGGCUCUGCUUGGAGAAAUGGUGAAGCAUAGCGGAACUGUCUUCGUAGGGGGAGAUGUGGCGUACUGCUCUCAGCAGCCGUGGAUUCAGAAUAUGACGGUCCGAAACAAUAUUCUCUUUGGCCAUCUCUAUGACCGCAAAAAGUAUGAAAAGGUGGUGGACGCAUGUGCCUUGACGACGGAUCUGCAGUCGCUACCAGCGGGUGAUGCAACGGAAAUCGGUGAGCGCGGUAUUAAUAUUUCUGGUGGACAAAAGGCGCGAAUUGCCUUGGCUCGGGCAUGCUACAGCGAUGCAAGUGUGUAUCUCCUUGACUCGCCGUUGUCCGCUGUGGACGCGAUCGUUCAGAACGAGAUUUUUCAGAAGUGUAUGCUGGGGCUGCUCAAGAACAAGACGAUCAUUCUCGUGACGCACAACCCCGAGAUUAUCGAGUCGCCGCAUAUCACACGUGCAGUGACGAUCAAUGACCUGGGAGCGCUUGUGAAGACUCACCACGUGGAGAAACCGCUGGAGCCUGAAAUGCCACUCAUUUCACCUUUUGCGGCUCAUCCGUACGGAUCUUUAAACUUCAGGGGCGAAAAGGACCAUGGCGAUCUUGAGACUGACGUCCUCCUCAGCAAAGAAUCCCGUACUGAUGACGAUAGCGAUCGGGCUAAUAUUCUGGACAUAGAGGACGAAAAGAACGAAUGUGAUGACGAGAUGGCUUUGAUAUCACCGUGCACCCCGUGCGCUGGAGCAAAACCGAGGACUGUGUCUUCCGUGGCUGGCGAUAACACCGCCGACCGCGAAAAGCUGGGAAAACUCGUGGAGGAAGAGGAGCGAGUAGACGGGAACGUGAGCAACCACGUCUUCAGCGCGUACUAUCGCGCAGUUGGAGGGUUUCCCGUUGUGUUUGUCUUCCUAAUGACCUCUGCUUGUUGGCAAGCUCUGCAAAUUUCGAGUGAUUUUUGGUUGGGAGCAUGGUCGAGCGACGGCGUGAACAGCGGUGAAUCGAUCUCUUAUCGUCUCAGCAUCUACACAAUCCUUGGCAUUGCCUCAGCCUCGAUGGUGUUCGCGCGGAUGUUCAUGACGGCCAUUUACGGUCUGCGAGCAGCGCGCCGGAUGUUUGACGCUAUGACGAACGCUCUAAUGCACGCGCCGAUGCGCUUUUUCGAUGCUAACCCGAUCGGUCGAAUUCUGACACGCUAUGGCAGUGACGUAUCGGUUGUGGACUCGAACAUUCCUCCGCUUUUUAGCCGAAUGUCAUCAACGAUAUUUUCUGUUGGAUGCAGGGCCGCCACUGCGGCAAUCGUGAUCCGCUGGAAGGGAUUUUUUCUUCUGCCGGUGGUGUAUCUGUACUAUCGCAUUGGGUCAUUUUACAUUCGUCCGGCUCGGGAACUCCAGCGGCUAUCGAAGACAACACAAACACCAGUUCUGAACCAUUUGUCUGAAGCUGUGGAUGGUGGAGCGGUAAUUCGUGCUUUCGGUCGUGGUCAAGUUGAUCGCUUUCAGCACACGAACAGCGUCAGGCUUGACGAAAACAACAAGAUUUGGUACGGGCAGCUCUGUGUGUCCCAGUGGUUCUCCCUCCACAUCCAGCUCGUCGGAAGCCUGCUGGUGCUCGUAGUGACGGUGUCUCUGGUAUUGCUGCGUCACCAGCUGGGAGCUGCUGUCGUCGGUCUUGCCUUCUCGUACGCCCUGAAGGUGUCUCAAAACCUAGAGAGGCUGGUGCAAGCUUUGUCACAAGUGGAGCCGAUGAUGGUGAGCCCAGAGCGGCUUCAGGAGUACGCAGAUAUCAUCCAGGAGGCUCCAUCGCGCCUCCCCCUUGACCCUCCGAGUAUAACUCACCCUGAAGCAUGGCCAUCAAACGGAACCAUUGACUUUAAGCACGUGAGCUUCCGAUACAAGGAUGAAGGGCAGUUGGUGCUACGUGAUUUGGACUUCUCUGUCCGUGGCGGCGAGAAACUUGGUAUUGUCGGUCGCACAGGUGCCGGCAAGUCAAGUUUGACUAUGGCCCUCUUCCGUAUCAACGAGUUGGCGGGCGGAUCGAUUGUGAUUGAUGGCGUAGAUGCCAGUGCAAUUGGAUUGACAACGCUGCGCGAGAAGCUCUCCAUUAUUCCGCAGAACCCUGUGCUGUUCAAAGGCACGUUGCGCAAUUACUUGGAUCCGUUCGGUGACUUCACCGACGAUCAACUAUGGACAUGUCUGCGUCAGGUGGGACUUGGUCCACGCAUUGAAGCCGAGGACGGCAAGCUUGAUGCUCUGGUGGAGGAGAAUGGCGAGAACUUUAGCGUGGGCGAGCGGCAGAUGCUGUGCAUGGUCUGCUCGUUGCUGCGGAAGUCGCGUAUCGUGAUUUUCGACGAAGCCACCGCCGCUGUAGACCACGCGACAGACCAAGCAUUGCAGCGCGUUAUCCGAGAGGUCUUCAAGGAGUCGACGGAGCUUGCGAGUCCUGCUGCCCUCGUCCAGAAAGGCAAGGGCCACUUUUUCGAUCUCAUGGAGGAAGGUGGAUAUCUGGACCGUUUCCAGGAGAACACCAGUGAAAUACGCAACAACGCGUUGUAG